AUGACACCACAUAAAACCGGCUCCUUGUUCAGCGCACUGUGUUCUUCAGACGCGCUGCGCCGCCAGCUCUCUGAUGAGGAAGAUUCAGAUCAGGACAACAUGGACGUGACGCUAAUGGAGGCACUUGCCGAAUGUUACCAAGCUGCUAGUCGCUGGGAGACGCGCCGCCAGAUACUUUCCAUCAUGGCAGAUAAGGUGCGUUACAAAAGACUCCUCAAGUUUAUCCCUGGUCUGACCAAAUAUCGCUUCACAGAAGCCAAACGUCACUGUUUGACCUAUGGAAGAGGAGCUCCAGUACUGUCAGUAAGAGCACCUAGGACAGACGUUACCUUCUCACAGAUAGAACAUUUUACCGCGUUCAUAACAAGCUCGCAAAUUGUACAAGAUCUGCCAUUCGGAGAAAGGUCCAUAACACUUAGCAACAAAGAGACCAUUAAGAUCCCAAACGUUAUCAGAAUGAUGAUUCCUGAAAGGGUGGUAAAACAGUACCUGGCCUACUGCGACGAGUCUGGUUUUAAGCCUCUUAGCCACAGUACUCUUUUGCGUAUCCUAGCUGUCUGUCCUGCCUCUAUUCGAAAAUCACUUCAAGGCCUAGACUACAUAAGCUCAGCAGGUGCGCAGGCAUUUGAAGACCUGAUUGACAUUGUAGAAAGACUUGGGGACGUUGGACAAGGCAUGGGAUGGACCAAGAACCUGCAGACUCACCUGCGAGAUCGACGGAAAGCGAUACCUCAAAAGUGAUUACAAGGUAGGUAAAAUACCAUCCCUUCACAUUUUUGGCCUAAAUCUUCAUUUCAUAUUAGUUUUCUUUGCAAUGGGCGCCAGAAACUUUUCAAGCGCUGCUUAUUGCGUCGGCUUUUGGCGGAAAUGUGUCGGCCACCAAGGUAGAUAGCGCUAGCGGGUAAGGGUAAGGUUUCUUACGCAGAAUUACAUAAUGUGAUUGUUUUUUAUCAGUUUUGUAUCAGUCUGUUUGCGUCUUUUUCCACUUCCAGUUAACAUAGUAAAAUCCAGUGCAAAAUGUUAGAUUUUCCGUUAUCAAAUAGGCUACCAUCCUUGGUAGUACGCCAGGCGCACCCAAGCUCAUUCUCAUCGGGUGUGAAAAGACGACCACAUGGCGCGCAUCCGAGUGGUAUCCGCAGCACUGACGAUAACACCGAAACUGAAGAAGAGCACUCAGCAUCGCGCGAGGCACUGUUCACGUGUCCUGAGGAAGGUUGUACACAGACAUUCCUGAGGCACUCCUCCAUGAUGCAGCCCUUGGAUUGUGGAACACACAAGCGCGCUUUAGAGAACGAGACACUCUUCGACAAAGCUGCCCAACAAUAUGCGGAACAACUCGAGAGGCAAGCUAUGGUGGUGCCAGUAGUCAGCACUGUCAGCACACGAGCAGGUCACACAGACAGCCAACCCAUGGGCUGGGCACUCAAGCCACGUGCUACACGGAGGACUAGGUUCACGGCAAACCAAAAGUCGUAUCUAACUACAAAGUUUAAGCUUGGAGAGCAGACCGGAAGUAAGGCAGAUCCUGCAGCUGUUGCGAGAUCAAUGAUGUGUGCAAAGGAUGCAACUGGAGAUAGAUUGUUUUCAAGCGACGAGUUUCUUACAGCAACCCAAAUAGCUGGCUUCUUCUCACGCCUUGCUUCAAAGAAAACCCUCGAGAGUGACGAUCAGGAAGGUGUAGAGGUCGCCGCACAUGAGGCCUGUCUAGAAAGUAUUGUUAAUGAGGCUGCGAGUGAGAUUGCGCCUAAACAUCCUAUUGUCUAUGACGCCUAUAAUCUUUGUGAAAUGGUGUCCCAAAAGAAGCUGAAUGAAUUUUCCAUUACAGUUUUAAAGGACAUUUGCACUUCCCUUGGUAUUGACACUGCAGGCAUAAUGGUUCGACGCAAGAAGCCGUACAUCGACAAAAUACAAUCUCUUUGUCAGGAAUGCGCAUGUCAACAGUGA